CCAAGAGCCCAGUGCAGACCAGACAGACGCCUCCGCCAUGAAGAUAACAGGGGCCGUUCUGCUCUUCGCUCUGGCACUUUGCUGCUUCUACUCAGAUGCUGCUGGCCAGGCUGGUAAGGGUUUCUGCAGCAAGUACAAGGAGCCUCCACAAAUAUGCACCAUUAAGUACUCACCUGUUUGUGGCACUGAUGGGAAAACAUACGUCAACGACUGCUUCUUUUGCGUAGCAGUCUAUGAAAACCUUGGAAGUCUUAGCUUUGAGCAUUAUGGAGAAUGCGAGUAG